AUGUUGAAACGACUGCUUGUGCUACGAGCAUGGAAGCCUUCUCCGAGCCGCCUUUACAGUACCCGUGGCGUCUUGGAUGCCUUGCAUGACCGUGGACUUACAUUUAGCGUAACGAGGCCCGACGAGCUGAAGCAGGCCAUCCAGUCCGGUCCACGCGUCCUUUACUCUGGGAUAGACCCCACCGCGGGCUCCUUUCAUGCCGGGCAUUUACUGCCACUGAUGUGCAUGCUACACUUUCAGCUUCAUGGGCAUCGCGUAAUUCCUUUGAUUGGCGGCGCCACAGGCCUUAUUGGAGACCCAUCAGGAAGGACAACUGAAAGAGAUCUGGCCGUUAAGCAAGAGGUUGAGGCCAACGUCGCGAGCUUGACCGAAGGUGUGAAGAGGUUUUUCGACUCUGCGAAGACAUACGCGUCAAAACGAGUUACUUUGGAUCUUGCAAAGUGGCAGGACGUAGAGGUAAAAAACAAUAUUCAAUGGUACGAAGGCGUCAGCUUUCUGGACUUCCUGCGGAACGUGGGCGUUCACGCCCGGGUCAACACCAUGAUAAAUAGAGAAAGCGUGCAAGCUCGUAUGAACUCCCAACAGGGCAUAUCAUUUACAGAAUUCACGUACCAACUUCUCCAAGCCUACGACUUUUACCACUUGCACAAGUAUCAUGGCUGCUCUAUUCAGCUUGGUGGGUCCGAUCAGUGGGGGAAUAUCCUCGCUGGACUUGACCUCAUCCAAAAGCUGGAGCCCGACCGUGUCAAGGGAGAUGGCCGAGAUGCGUUCGGGAUAACAACACCCCUCUUGACAACAUCAUCUGGUGACAAAUUCGGGAAGAGUGCAGGGAAUGCCGUUUGGCUUGAUCCACGAAAAACACCGCCAUUUGAUUUCUACCAAUUUUUCUACAAUACCUCCGAUGCAGACUCUGCCAGAUACUUGAAGUUCUUUACCCUGCUCCCAGAGCAAGCGAUCGAAGAGGCUAUGGUCGAGCAUAAUCGAGCUCCGGAGCAACGGAUACAGCAGACGCUUCUUGCGAAGGAAGUAACGGAACUCGUUCACGGGGAGGCCGGCGUCACCAGCGCUUUGCGCGUCACGGACUUGCUCUAUUCUGCCGACCGCAAAAAGCUCAAGACGACUGAUAUUCUGAGCGCUAUGAAAGAAGACCCGAGACUACGUGUCAUAAGCCGCUCUGAUCUCACCGAGACUUCCGUCGUAAAAUUGGCAGCCGUUCACCGCCUGACUGAUUCUGGAUCGCAAGCCAAGACGAUGUGCAAAGCACGGGGUCUGUUCGUCAAUGAUGUAGUUUGGACAGAUCUUCAAGGUACGCUGGCGUCGGACGACUUGAUUGACGGUCGUGUUGCAGUGUUACGGGCUGGUAAACACAAGCACGUAGUCUUGGUGGCUCGGGAUUGA